CCGGAAACUCCCUGCCAUGUCGAACAACGUCUGGGCACGCCGCAUGCCGUUAAGGGAGAUCCUGGUGAUGCAGGCGCUGACCUUAAGCUACCGGAAGUGGAGAAUCUGCGGGCCAGGACACGUAACCCUUUUGCAUGCCGCAACGUGUGCUGCCGAUGCCAGCGGGGUAUAUUGCCCUACAUUCGACUGCUUGCAACCGGAACAGCAGGACCGCGGUGGACAUUUUAGGCUAAUCAACGCGCCGAACUCCAAUCAAUAUUCCCCUGACAGCUCGGCAUAUUCAGUUGUUAGCACAGACGAUGCUAAUACCGGCGACAGAUGUAUUAUUAUGGACCACAUCGAUUACUUGGCCAUAUCAAUGGCUUCCUACGCUGGGGUCAGUUAUCAUUAUGGAUACGUACGUGACGAUGACAAAACUGGACGGCUAAAACCAGCUUUUCCAUUAAAUGUGGCAAAUACUCAUUUACGAAAUGAAUCUCCCAAAGUGCCCCGUGUUAUAUGGAACGCGUGGAAGCAGUUUCACAUGGGAAAAACAUGAUUGGUUCCGGCGGCAUGCAGUGUUAUUGGGUGGGCGGUGCUCUAAGGCAAAUGGACCGGCAGCUGCCGAGCGCCCGAGUCUGAUUACUUUACCUACCUGACCACUCGCUAGCUGCCGCAUGGUGGUGUUCACAGUUCUGGCUGCACACACCGGCAACUGGACAUACGUGCGCUCACUUGAAAUCAGCAUCGUCAAAAUAGAUCAAGGAGUUCGUAGAUGCAGCUCUAUUGCACUAUCAAGUUGUGUACCUACUUGAGUGAAUUUGCCGGAUUAUAGCACGGCAGCGCACCGCAUAAUAAUUGCAACAGGAGCUGAAUUAUUAUAUUAAUGGACAAACUCGGAAGCCAGAAAAACAUUACUGGACCAUUGUGGACUGUAUAACCCAGUGGAUAUUUUAUCAACAUUCGGCUGAAUGCAGUGAACAAUUCAGUGGAUUAUUAUUAUUGCUCUUCGAUGGACUACAUGGUGCCGCGCUACCUUUUCUGAAUAUUGUUCCAAAGAUCUUUGCCGCAAACGCGACACGAUAUGACAAUGAUACGAAACGAGACAUACCGAUCAUCAUCUGUCAACAUGCCGGCAACUUUAUCAUCAAAUCAACGUCAGCAAAAAGCUGUACAUUUUAAUUCCGGUUCCAGCAGUCUAUCCCGACAAAGAGAAAGCUUAUGUCCAUCACACGGACUCCUCAAUGCACCCGGCGAUAAUAACUGUUUUCUCAACAGUGCCGUGCAGAUUUUUUGGCAUUUGGAUGUCUUUCGGAGGAAUUUCCGCCGGCUGCACGAGCAUGUCUGCCUGGGCAAUGCCUGCAUUUUUUGCGGUAUCAAGACGUUAUUCCGCCAAUUUCAAGAGUCAGCCGGUACGGCAUUCUCGCCGGACAUGCUACGCCGUGCAUUGGCGAUGGCUUUUGAGAAUCAACAGCGUUUUCAGCUGGGAUGUAUGGAUGACGCUGUGGAGUGCUUCGAAAAUAUUCUUUUGCGUCUUCACUACCAUGUCCAAGGGACAUCCGAAGUGACCAGCUGCAGUCAUCCAUUAUGUAUUCCACAUCGUAAAUUCUCCAUAAACCUCACGGAAUUAUACACGUGCGGCGACUGCCAUCGUGCCGCUGCGGACCCGUUAAGUUUUUCACAAAUGGUGCAUUACGUCGCCGUCAAUGCGCUGUGUGAAAAAGCAUUACAAAUGAAGCAGCGAGGUGUUAAAUCGCUCACCGGAUUAUUCGGCAAACUACUGCGGAAGGCCAACGAAAGCACCGAUCAGCGCAUCUGCCGACACUGCAGCUCACCCAGUGUCUUGCUUAAGAGAACGUUGACCAAUCAACCCGAUAUUGUAACCAUCGGGCUGGCAUGGGAUUCGGAGAAAUCCAAAACCCAAACAAUCUCCCAUGUACUUGACACGAUCGACGCCAACAUCUGUCUGUGUCAUGUAUACCACGAUGUACACGAUACCCAGUGGGCCGCAUCUGUGGUCCAUCAUCUGGUGGGGAUGGUGUGUUUCUAUGGCCGGCACUAUUCCGCCUUCUUCUACCAUGCCCCCUACCAGACCUGGAUGCACUUUGAUGAUGCAACCGUCCAGACGGUCGGGCCCGAAUGGGCGCAGGUCGUCCGCCGCUGUGUGAAGAAUCACUAUCAGCCGCUGCUCUUGUUCUACGCCAAUCCGGAUUGCGCCCCCCUGGGCGGUCCACCCAAUGACAAGACCACAGUGAAACCGCGCCCGCCCGUGCGGACCGUCAGCCGGCCGCUGUCCACGCACAGUAGUCUAAGCGGUCACGAGAGUCGGCCAGUUUCCCACCGGUCGACGCCCGUGAGUGGCGUGUAUGAUGGAUCGGAGCUGUCGGCGACGGUAGCAGCUGACAAGACAGCACGACCACUGGCAGGUGGCCCAGCUGCUGUAAUGGACGGUAAUGGUAGUAUUAGGAUGAGAAAGGAUGCACCGCGAAGUCAUGGCACUCGACCAAAUGGUGUGCCAAAUGGGAAUAACGCUAGUUUUGGACACGGAGCGGGGAGUGUCAACAACAUGCUGGGAUGGAAAUCGCGAGCCAGCAUCACGUCCAGCAGUAUUGCGAGUCUGGAGAGUUUUGAUUCCUAUGAGAAUGUGCACAAAGCGUAUCCAGUGGGAUAUAGCAUCAUGAAAACAGACCAUGAAGCAACUGAAACCGAUUCGGGUUAUCCGAGCGGUGACCAGGCCAGUGCCAGCAGUUCCGUUGAGAUACCGCCAUUUAAGCAGCACCCCCUGUCCUCCAAAUCCGCCGCCGUAUCCGGUCAGCCGGUCAACAGGACCCACUACAUCCAGAUGCUGCUGCGCGCUGACGACCUGAUCGCGUCCGCAUCGAUGAAGGAAGCACAAGCGGAGCCGGUCGGGGCCAUCGGACUACUGGAGCAGGCGGUGGCACUACUGCAGAGCUGCGGCGGCUGUCAGUCCCUAACAGCCUGUCCGCAGCUGUCACAAGCCGCCGUGGUUAAGCAAAUAGACUGCUGUAAAAAAUUACGAGUUCUGCAUGAAAAAACCGCCACUCAGCGGUUAAACUCCACAAUGCCCAGCCAACCGGUUUCCGGCGUGACGGCCUUGACUGGUCAGACCACACGGCUGCUUCCGCAUGCUGUACCGAUCCCGCAACGAGCGCAUCGUGAGAACGCGCAAUUAAGGCAUAAUUUGGAUGGCAAGGAAAAUCACGGCGGUAAUGAUUCGUCAUUACGCAGAGUACAUAAAUCCAAAAGAAAGGCUAGCGGAAAAAGUCUGGGUUCGCAGCAGCUCAAUCGAAGCAUGCCGGACUUGAGUCAGCCGGCCGAUGAGGGCGUGUGCGAUGCGGUGGAUCCCGGUAGAAAAAUUAAUACGAUAAAAAAACACUGGAAUGGAUCUCCUAAUUUGUCCACUUUUCAGAAUUCAUCAAUGGCCGAAGCCAAUGUGCGAUCCCUUCACCGGGACAUACUUUUGACUGAACUGCUCAACCACCGCCUGCACCGCAGAUCCGUGAUGGACGUCGCUUCCAGUAGCACAAGUUCGCCGGAAAGUUUGUCCAACGAGUACGACGAUCUCCCGCCGCCGCCACCAGAACUCCUUCUCCCUUCGCGAUCUCCUUCCCCCCGCGUAGACUACAGCCUGAACUCGACCCUUACGAAAUCUCUCCCGGAGAACACAGCGCUGUGCUCGCUCUGCGGCCGGAAAGUUGUGCAUGACUCGAAUCUGUAUUGCUCGGAUUGCAAUGUAUAUAUGAGUCAAUUUGGGGGUGUAUGAAGUGCUUCUAGAAUGUCUAGAAUGUUUCUUGAAGGAAUAUUUUCUGUUGAUGCACAAGAAUCUUUUAGGAAGUACCUAUGUUUAAAUGCAGCUGUUUUACAUA